AUGGGCCCGCUCCAACUCGCGCUGCUCCUGUUGAGCGCCUCCACCUGCCUGGCCCUGCUCAGGGUUCCUCUGCAACGAAGGCGCUCCAUCCGUUCUCAGUUGCGCGCCGACGGAGCGCUGGACGACUUUUUACGCGAGCACCGGCCCGACGCGUUCAGUCGGCGCUACGCUCACUGCUUCCCCGCCGGGACGCCGUCGUUGCGCUUGGGGCGCUCCAGCGAGAAGCUCUACAAUUUCAUGGACGCUCAAUACUUCGGGCAGAUCAGUUUGGGCUCUCCCGAGCAGAACUUCUCCGUGGUCUUCGACACCGGCUCGGCGGACCUGUGGGUGCCUUCGUCGUACUGCGUCAGCCAAGCUUGCGCGGUGCACAAACGUUUCCGAGCGUUCGAGUCGUCUUCGUACCUUCACGACGGUCGAACCUUCGGCAUCCAUUACGGAUCGGGACACCUGCUCGGGGUCAUGGCCAGAGACACGCUCAAGGUGGGCGACGUGAGCGUGCUCAACCAGGAGUUCGGAGAGUCCGUGUACGAGCCGGGCUCCACCUUCGUGGUGGCCCGCUUCGACGGCGUCCUGGGCUUGGCGUACCCGCCCUUGGCCGAGAUCCUGGGCAACCCAGUCUUUGACAGCAUGAUGGCGCAGACCUCCCUGGACCAGCCCGUCUUCUCCUUCUACCUCAGCAGGAAGGCCGGCGGCAAUAUAGACGUGGACGGCGAACUCCUGCUUGGCGGCACCGACGAGGCGCUGUACGACGGACCGAUCACGUGGCUUCCCGUCACCGCCAAAGGCUACUGGCAGAUCCGCAUGGACAGCGUGUCCGUCCAAGGCAUCAAGACUUUCUGUCCUCGCGGCUGCGCGGCCAUCGUGGACACGGGAACCUCCCUCAUCGCCGGGCCCACCAAUCACAUCCUCGGCCUGCAGCAGCUCAUCGGAGCCACGCCCACUAGCAUCGGCGAGUUCUUCAUCGACUGCGCCCGGAUGUCCAGUUUGCCUCGAGUGACGUUCGUUCUGGGCGGCGUGGAGUUCACGUUAACGGCCGAUCAGUACGUCAGGAAGGAGAUGCUGGGGGACAAAGAGCUGUGCCUGAGCGGCUUCAUGGCGGUGGACAUUGUGACGCCUCAGGGCCCGCUGUGGAUCCUGGGAGACGUUUUCCUCACAAAGUUUUACAGCAUCUUCGAUCGAGGAAACGACCGCGUCGGCUUGGCGCUCGCUCGCCACCCUGCCAACAGCUAA